AUGGUGAACGUCUACCGGGCGCACCAGCACUCCUGCUUCCUGUACCUGGGCAGCAUCCUGGUGGACGAGUACGGCAUGGAGGAGGGCUGCCGGCAGGGACUGCUCGACAUGCUGCAGGCGCUAUGCAUCCCCACCUUCCAACUCCUCGAGCAGCCCAACGGCCUUCAGAACCACCCGGACACCGUGGACGACCUCUUCCGACUCGCAUCCAGGUUCAUCCAGCGCAGCCCCGUCACCUUGCUCCGCAGCCAGGUGAUGAUCCCCAUCCUCCAAUGGGCCAUCGCCGCCACCACCCUGGAUCACCGGGACGCCAACUGCAGCGUCAUGAAGUUCCUGCGCGACCUCGUCCACACCGGCGUGGCCAACGACCACGAGGAAGACUUUGAGGUGCGGAAGGAGCUCAUCAGCCAGGUGAUGAACCAGCUGGGCCAGCAGCUCGUCAACCAACUGCUGCACACGUGCUGCUUCUGCCUCCCGCCCUACACCCUGCCUGACGUCGCCGAGGUGCUCUGGGAGAUCAUGCAGAUCGACCGGCCG